AUGCUUGCAACCCAGAUCAUUCGGCAGGCGCAUCUCGCCAUCCUAGUGGCUCUUACCACCCUGGCCCUGUCCGAGAAUGUCCACGCCCUCCCUGAACAGGAGGCAUUAGCCGAGCGCGCAAUUGGCGAUAGAUCUUCUAAGACCUACACUUUCACUCAACGGGCCUGUACGACGCUGAUCGGCUCCAAGGCCGUCAGGCCAGUGCCUACGGCUACGACAACAAAGCUUAGCGUGACGGUUGGGUUCCCGGUCUUUGAGUACGCGCAGCCGACCAUCACCGUAACACCUGCAGCAACUACCACGGUGAGUCUGCGCAUUUGUCGACGCAUGUGAGCGAGCUCUUUCUCAACCAUACAUCUCUUUGGCGUAGACUACAACGUCUACCAUCACGUCGACUUCAACUGUCAACAAUCCCGCAAAUACUGAUACGUGAGUCAUCAUAUCACAGCAGGUGUCCUUGGCGAUUCGCGGCUAAGCUCACACUGUCUCUUACGUUCAUGCAGCGCAACUGAAACCGACACGGUUACGACAACUACGACGGUGACACAGACCUUGACGACCCAGACACAGCUACCCGAAGUUACGAUCACGACGACCGUUACUCCGACGACUACCCUCGUUCUUCCCAACUUCACGCCUGCUGCAAGUGCACCUGGCCUCCAGGGCCAUACGUACGCGCGUCGCGGUUUAGAGCAGCUGGAAGCGGCCAGGCCCCGCAUACCUAGAUCGCUGCCUGGCUCCAGCCGCGCAGACUCGCUUCAGGAACUCGCCGCACGUGGCACGCGCCAGAAGGGCGCCAAAAACGCCCUUCAGUACAACAAUAAGAAGAAAUGCUACCCUCAGUCUGUCAAGUGCAAGAAAGCGAUAGAGAAGGUGGCGGUCACGACAUACACCGUCGCAGGCAAGCGCACCGUGACGCGAGCAGCACCCACUCCUACUUCGACGAGUCAGGUCACCACAACAGUCACAUCUACCACAACUAUUCAGCCCAGCGAUGCUACCACCACAGUAACCGUCACCACCACCAACACCCAGACAAGCUCCACGUCUACCACCACAACCGAGACGUUGCCCGCGACCACCAGGACCGAGACUGCUCAGGCGCCGCGAGUCACAGUCAAUAGCGCUUGCCAAGCCAACAACGUCAUUCAAAGAGUGGAUGGCCUAGGUAUAUAUCUGGUCGAUACUGACGACAAUAGCGCCACCAUAAUCACCACAUCCGGGAGCAGCGCUGAAGCAUGUUGCCUUCAAUGCGCGUCGAGUGCGACAUGCCUAACCUUUGCUUAUGCUAUCGAGGGCGGGUUCUGCAACACGAUUAACACAGGUGGGAGAUGCUCGGCAAACGAAAAGGGAGCGUCGUACUACGGAACCCAAUCUGAUUCUGUAGGAUACGCGGUUGGAAGUGGGCCGUGUGGAUACGCAGACUAUGGCGGUCAGUUCUAG